AUGAAUCUCUUUUGUGAUGAAAAUAACGAAAAUAAUUAUAUUCAUUGUGAUAUGAUAAAAUCAAUGAAUGAAAAAGGAAAAGAAAAAUUAAGAAAAUUAUUAAAAGUUAAUGAUAAUAUAAUAUAUGAUGACGUUAUUCAUUUAAAUAUAUUUAUAAAAAAUAUAUGGGUAUCUAUGAAUUUAAAGUGUCAUUUUUCUAUUCAUGAUUUAGUAUUAAUAGCAAGAUCAUUUAAGAAUACAGAAAUAAUAUACGACACUUCUUUUAAUGAAAACUUAGAUGAUUCUUUAUAUACUGAAAAAAAAAAAAAUAAUUGUAUUAUUUAUUUUCAACCUUAUAAAAUUAGAAAAAAUGUAGUAAAAAUUUAUUUUCAAAAACCAUAUGUUGUGUGCUUUAUUCAUAAAAAUGGGUCAAUUCAUAUUCAUGGCUCAUUAACAUUAAGAAAUAUUUUAUUAAUUUUAAUAAAAGUAGUUAAAAAAAUUAAAUAUAAAACUUUCUGGUAUUAUUUAAAUCAAAAUAAAAAUAUAAAAGAACAAAAUUCUUACUCAGAGUCGUGCAGAGAUAAAUAUAAGUUAAAAGAAUCAAAAAAUUUUAAUUCAGAAUCAAUUCAUAAUAUUGAUUUAAAUGAACAUAAUAAUGAAAAAAAAGUUAUUAGAGAAAAUGUUAAUAAUGAAAAUUUAAGUAGUGAAUAUUUUAAUGAUAAAUUAGUUUUUAAUCAAGAUUUAUAUGAUGAAUUUCUUACUGAUGAAACUUCUUACGAAAAUUUGAGUGAACAUAAAAUCAGUAAUAUAAAUAAUGAAGAUAUCGUAACGGGAAAUAUUAUAAAUAAUGAUAUAAAAAAAUGUAAUGAUAAUAUAUAUGAUUUGAAUAGUAGCAAUCCAAAUAUGAAUGAAACUGAUGUGUUUGAUAGAAUUAAUUUGUGUGAAAAUAUUAUUAAAGAGAUAAAACAAAAAUUUUCAAAUUAUGAAUUUUACUUAAAAGAUAAUUUUUUAAAAAACAAUACAAGUGAAAAAAUAAAAGUAUUAAAAGAUAAUCAUAAUUUAGUAAAUAAAUAUAAUAUUAAAAAUAGUAGAAGUAACAAUAAGAAUACUAAUAGAUUAGUGAUUAAGAAAAAUAUUAAGAAAUUCUCUAAUAAAAAUAAUAUAUCCAAUUAUUCUGAAAAUGAUAAAAUAAAUGAAAAUAAUGAAUUAUUAACAAAAGAAUUAAUUAAUUCUGAAGAAUUUUCUUCAGAUAAAGGAAGUGAAAUACAGCAACUACAUUAUAAUGAUUGUAUUAUUAAUUCAAAAAAAAAAAAAAAAAAAAAAAAAAAUGAUACUAAUUUUUUGGAUAUUGAAAAGGAUACUAUUUAUUUAAAUUUUGAAAAGCAAAAUUGGGAAAAAAAAAAUAAGAUUCAUGCGCAAAAUGAUGCAAAAAUAAAUGAUGUGUGUUUUAAUAAAAAUGAAAAGUUAAUUAAAGAAAAUAAAAUAAUUAAUAUUAAUGAAAGUAAUAAUCUUCAUGCGAAUAAUUAUUCUAAAGUAAGUCAAAAGUUAUAUAGUAAAAAAGACAUAUAUAAAUUUGAUAGAUUUCAAAAAUGGCGUUAUAAGGUUAGAGAUGAUAUUACAUUUGAUAUGAAUUAUUUUAACAUUAAGCAAUUUGUAUGUGUUUUUAAAAUUAGAUUAAAAUACUUUGAUAUAACAAAAAUUUAUAAAUAUAAGGAAUUUAAAAAUAUAUUAACUGAUAUUAAUAACAUUAUAUAUAUAAAAAUUGACCAGAAUCUUUUAAAUAAAUUAAUUGAACAAAAUAAUUUAGAAAAAAAUAUAAAAAAUAAUUCAUUAGAAAACUACAAAAAAAAUAAUAAAAGUUCAGUUAAAACUGCUCUACUGUUUAGUUCAGGUAAUAUUGUUAUUUAUGCUUGUAAAAACAAACGAGAAGUUUUAUGUAUAUCUAGAUUUAUCAUAAAUACUUUAAAAAGAAAUAACAAUAUAAUUUUAUAA